AAUGGAAAGGGUAAAUGGCCCACCAAUUGUAAGUAGUUCCUUACAUGGUAAUUUCGCAAAAUGCACAGCACGAUUCGACGGCGAGAAGUCUAGCAACGUGGAAUCUUUUGUAGACGCCAUAGAGGUCUAUAAAGAUUGUGUUGGAGUAAGCGACGAAAACGCCUUGCGUGGCUUGCCUAUGUUACUCACCGGGUUGGCUGCGACAUGGUGGCAGGGUGUGAAGGAUCAUACCCCAACCUGGUCUGCCGCCAUCGAAGCACUCAAACAGACGUUUGGACCAAGGUUGCCCCCACACAAAGUUUAUCGGAAAAUAUUUGAAAGGGAACAGCGUAGUAACGAAGCUACAGACCUUUUCAUAUGUCACAUCAGGGCAUUAAUGUCACAGUUACCCCUUCAUUCCCUGUCGAUGACCGUGCAAUUAGAUAUGACGUACGGUUUGCUACAUCGACGUAUUCGUGAAAAGGUUUCGCGUUUGGAAUUUUCUACCUUCGCUGAGCUUAUUACUAUGGCCCGUCGUGUCGAAGAUAUUUUGGAUGAAAGCCGAACAUCGACCAGCGAUGUUAAACCGUUAUGUUCGACGGCAAAGCCUACUACUGUACCCAUUUCUCCGACGGCUUCGCAGUCGACAAUAUCUUAUAAGAAUAAAGCUCGGCCGCACUGUAAUUACUGUAAAAAGUAUGGUCAUGUGAAAGAUGCCUGUGAAAAGUUAACCAAACAGAAACUUGGCACUGAUGGAGAACCACGCGUCUCAACUAUCACGUGUUUCGGGUGCGGUGCGCCCGGCGUGAUCCGAUCCAACUGCUCGUCUUGUAAAAAGACAGAACCGGUUCCGUCCGUAUCAACUUCCUUUCAAUCUGUUUCUGCAAAUAGUGUUAAUAUAAAUUCGCGAGUGCGACCUUUGUUAGAAAUAGAAAUUUAUGGUGAACGUGGUAAAGUGCUUAUAGACACAGGUGCCAAACAUUGUAUAGGCAGUGUUAGUCUUAGAGCUCAUUUAGUUAAGUAUGGCCAUAAGUUUGAAAAUGUAUUUACUGAGCUUAAAUACGCGGACGGGCGGGCAGUUGCGCAAAUUGUUGAACGUACGCAAGUUAGGGUUAGGGUACGCGAUGUCUCUUUAGAUGUUAUGUUUAUAAUGUUGCCCAAUGCUACUGAAAGUGUGUUGGGAAUGAAUUUUAUUCAGGACGCUGGCAUGGUAUUAGAUUUUUCUCGCGGUGUAUGGUUUACGAACCACGAUAGGGUCUCUCAGCCCAUCGUCUUUGAACCUAAUGGUGUAAGGUCAUACGAACCUUUGCAUUGCUCGUCUGUGGGUCUUCACGAGGAUGAAGGAUUCCACUUAGGUAAGGACGAACGACAGCAGCUGUCCAACCUUCUGAAUGUCAAUGAGGACAUUUUUACUCCAGGGGGAGGACCCACUCAGUUUGCUGUUCACCAAAUUGAUACCGGAAAUGCCAGCGCCUUAACGCGUUACGUGGGUAAAUCUCCUGUUAUUGCGCAUCAGCGCCAUCGCGGUAGACCAGCCAAGUCACAGUCGGGUCGACCAUGUAACUUGGAGGGGGAGGAUAUAGCGGGCAACAUUGUAGGCUCUUCCGGGGAGACAUCGCGUCACUCUCCGCCCCCCUCGUCCAUACCACGCCGUUCCCAGCGCCCGCGCAGAGGACCGCCCGUGCGCCUCAUUGAACAAGUCAGUCUUUAA